UAAUAAGAAAUCUCAAUGUGUUUUGCAGGAAGGCUAACGCAGAAUGGCGGAAGCCCAUUCGGCUGUAGCAUUCAGCUUCUCGAUAACACACGAAGGAUGGGACGUGAACUUCGAUCGAGAGGUACUCCACUUGGUGUGGGUGUCCGGUCUGCGAUCGUGGAAGAAGAGAUUCUUCCGGUUUCAAAACAAUCUGAAAAGCGGCGUUUAUCCGGCUUCUCUGGAAAGCUUGUGGGUUACCGUGAUUUUAGUGACGGCGAUACACUUCGCCGGUUAUAAGGUUCCUUAUGACCUCGUUGGGAAAGUUUCACCGUAUAUUUCUGGGUCCUCCAUACUUGCUCAUUUAGCAGGUUCCUUUGUGGUCGGACUGGUUUUAUGGUUAAUAGUGAUAUAUACGAUUCGGUACAUGCUGAAGUUUUUACUCAUGUACAAAGGAUGGAUGUACGAGGCGAGAGGUAAAGGCCGCAAGGCGUCGACAUUCACGAAAAUCUGGCUCCUGUUGGUGAAGCUAUUUUCCGGUUGGCAUAAGCCCAUGCUGUACAGCUUUCAAGGAUCACUGCCACGAUUGCCAUUGCCGGCAGUGCCCGACACUAUGAAACGGUAUCUGAGGAGCGUACGGCCGCUACUCGACGACGAGAAUUACGCUCGCAUGGAGAAAUUAGCUAAUGAGUUUCAAAAUGGCAUCGGCGUUAAGCUACAACGUUACCUAUUUCUUAAGUCUUGGUGGACUACUAAUUACGUGUCCGAUUGGUGGGAGGAAUACGUUUAUCUACGCGGAAGAUCGCCUCUAAUGGUUUAUUCAAACUUCUACGCAAUCGACGCCAUUCUUUCACAUCCCACGAACGUGCAAGCCGCGCGGGCAGCAGCGGUCAUAUAUUCUUGUUUGCAAUAUAGACGUCUUAUUGAACGUCAGGAAUUAGAACCAAUUCUAGUGCAAGGAUUAGUACCGUUGUGUUCUUGGCAAUACGAAAGACUAUUUAACACGACACGAAUUCCAGGAGUCGAAGUUGACAAAAUUGUACAUUAUCAGGACACCAAACAUAUCGUAGUAUACCAUAAAGGCAGAUAUUUUAAGGUUUUAAUUUAUUACCGUAAUAGAAUUCUUCAAGCCUGUGAAAUAGAACUUCAAAUUCAACAAAUCUUGGACAACAAUUCAAUACCGUCGGAGGGAGAAGAGAAAUUAGCCGCGUUAACGGCUGGUGAGAGAACAAUUUGGGCGCAGGCCAGAACAGACUUUUUCGCAAAAGGUGUGAACAAAGCUUCGUUGGAUAUCAUCGAGAAGGCCGCAUUUAUAGUCGCAUUGGACGAUAUACCUUAUGAAUACGAUCCGAAACAUCCAGAAAAAUUAGACUGUUACGGUAGAAUUCUGUUGCACGGAAAAGGAUACGAUCGAUGGUUCGAUAAAUCUUUUACACUGUGUGUUGGGAGCAAUGGCCGGGUUGGUUUCAACGCUGAACAUUCUUGGGCAGAUGCUGCAGUCAUGUCGCACUUGUGGGAGUACAUGAUAUGUUCAGAAUUCCAGAACAGUUCGAAACAAUACAAGGACGGGCAUACUAUAGGCACUCCGGAAUUUUCACCUCCAGCUCCAAUUCGGUUGCAAUGGGAUCUGAAUACCAAAUGUAUUAAAGUUAUCGAGCAAUCCUAUCAGGUAGCGCUAGAUAUAUUAAACGACGUCGAUUUGCGUAUUUACAUGCAUGACGCUUACGGUAAAGGAUUGAUGAAGGCCAAUUCCAUAUCACCAGAUGCUUAUAUACAAAUGGCACUGCAAUUGGCAUACUACCGUGAUGCUGGAAGGUUCAAUUUAACUUACGAAGCUUCCAUGACGAGAUUAUUCCGAGAAGGUAGAACGGAAACAGUUAGACCGUGCACUAUUGAAUCUUCGAAAUGGGUGAAAGCAAUGGAGGACAAAACGACAACGACGGAGGAAAAAAUCAGGCUGCUAAUGAGUGCAGUAGCGCAACAUCAAAAGGGUUAUCAGGAUGCCAUGUGCGGUAAAGGAAUAGACAGGCACUUAUUCUGCUUAUAUGUGGUAUCGAAGUACUUAGAAGUAGAUUCACCGUUUCUAAAGGAAGUCUUGAGCGAACCAUGGAGAUUGUCAACAUCACAAACUCCUCAUGGCCAAACUUCGAUAACGGAUUUAAAGAAAUAUCCUAAUUGCAUUUCAGCAGGUGGUGGAUUUGGUCCUGUUGCCGACGACGGCUAUGGCGUUUCUUACAUAAUUGCGGGCGAAAAUCUUGUAUUUUUCCAUAUUUCUAGUAAAUUGUCUUCAUCAAAAACGGAUUCGACCAGAUUCGCGAAGAACAUAGAAAGAGCACUUGGAGAUAUGAAAGUCUUGCUAGAACAGAAAAAGAAAAUACAUCAGAACGGGUCUGUAUAACUUAUUCGGUACCUGUGUCAGUCUCAUAAGAGUGGCUAUAAACUGCGAAGUGAAAUCUGUAGCUUCAAAUAAUUUUCUUCUGUCGUAUGAAAGAAUUUUUUUAAUAAUGUAGAUAUAAUUUAACAUAAUAUUUUUAAGACAGUUUUGAUAGGUAAUUAUUUUAAUAGAUAGAAAGUUAUAGAAAGAAAAAUGAGACGGGCCCAAAAUUCAAGAUACAAUAUAGACGAUUGCGUAUAGAAGUGGAUUGACAGAAUCGUUUUUACCAUGCAUCAUGUCAUUAUUCAAAACUGACAAUUUUUUUACUGUAACUUGACAAUUUUUGUAUGCGUGAUUUACAACAAUAUUGCACAGCAAGAAUGUGCACAAAAGUACAGGUACCAAAUUUCCAUUGCUUGCUGUACAAUAUUGCAAUUUAAAAAAGUACUUUGACACCAAUAUUAUAUGAUUACAAAUACAUAAAAACCGGUAUUUUAAAUCUCAUUAGUUAUUGAAAUUGUUAAAAAUUUUCACGUGCGUAAUAUACAAGAAAUAUGUUGUUAAAAUUAAGAAUUUAUAAACAUUAAUGACUGAAUUUUGGAAGAUUGAUCAUGAUUUUCUCACAAUAAUCACAUUGCAUAUCUGCAAGUGUAAAUGCAAUUUAAUAAUUUCAUAUGCAUAAGUAUAUACUACACAAAUUAUAUCUGGUAUCAUAAUUUAGUAUCAAGUAAAUGCGUGGUUUGUAUGCAAUGCAAUUACAUGUUAAGUAAGUUUUUUUUCUCUUUAGAUACUAAUACGCAAGUGACAGUAUCGCUUAUAUUUUAAUAUAGGAAGACAUUUUGAUUUAUAUCGAUCUUAUCUAUCCAACCGUUGAUGAGAUAUGUAACUAUGAAUAACAUGUGAUCACUUCGAUUUCUUUUAUAAGUAAACGUUUAAGCGAUGCCAUAUAUUGAUAUGUGCAACUUAUCAAUGCAAAGUAUAUUAUAAUUGUAAGUAAUUUUAUAUUUAGAAAAAUAUACGAUUACAUUCUCUCUAUUAUA